GCGUCAUUCAGUCGUUUGGCGCGAUCGCUCGUUUCCGUUUUAAGUGAGAGGAGCGCGUUUUGUGAAAUACUGCUAAAAAUAACGCUCAGCAAUAAAUCAUUUUUUACUUUAUUAAAUAUCAAGAACCAUGUGGAAGCAAUUGCUUUUAUUUUUAAGUAUAAUUUGUAUAUAUGGUGAAACUAAGUAUUACCAUGAAAAUGAAAGGCACCAUCGGUACCAUAGUGAUGACGAAAAUGAAAUACCAUGGCGGAAACAUCAUCACAAAGGUACAAGCCCGCCGGAUCAUACGAAACUAGUGGCUAUGGCUAGAUAUGUCCUACACAACUGCGAUUGGGCAUCGAUAGCAACUAUUUCUACACUACCCGCUAUACAAGGAUUCCCGUUUUCAAACGUUAAAUCUGUCGUAGAUGGAUCGAUGGCUAAAUCGACUGGGAUACCAUACUUUUAUAUGUCACCAUUGGACUUUACGGCUAAAGAUUUAUCGAAAAACACCCGUUCGACUAUAUUGGUAUCGCUGGAACAAACUAGAUACUGUGAGAGCCAAAAGUAUGAUCCGGAAGAUCCUAGAUGCACAAGGCUCAUGCUUUCCGGAAAGAUGAAGAAGAUCAAAGAAGGUACUAGUGAGUACACAUUCGCUAAAGCCGCUUUGUUCGAGAGACAUCCGGCGAUGGCUAACUUCCCAGCGGAUCACGACUGGUUUGUCGCAAAAAUGAAGAUAGCGCAAAUCGCAAUGGUCGAUUGGUUUGGAGGCGCUAAAUACGUGGCAGUGAAAGACUAUUUGGCUUAUAAUUACACUGGCAACGAAAUGUUGAAAUAUCACAACAAAUUAAUACACAAAGAUGAUAAUUUUCUAUAACAAAUAAUAAAAAAGAGUAAUAAUAUAUUUUAUGAAAUAAAUAGGAUUAGGAUUUAUACUUAUUAAUAAAAAAUGAAAUUUUUAUUUCCAUUAUUUUAUUUUGCCUUAAAAUUAUAAACCUUUUAUAACGAAUGUCGGUAGUUUUGAAUUACAUUUGCUGUGACGUCAAUAUAUCCUUCCACGUCCUUUCUAAGGAUUCCUUGAUAAUGAAGGACACACUGGAGUUUAUUUAAAAGUAUGUAAAAUUGUAAUUAUUGAAAUAAUAACAGUUGUGUAUCAAAUUUUACUAUUAUACUAAUAUUUCAAUAAAAAAUUGUCUCCAUGUUACAUCAAAAUCAAUUAACAAUAAAAAAUACUCAUUGAAUCAAAUGAA